CUUGGAGAAGUUAUGCGCAAGCAUAACGAGCCACCCAUUGGUAUUCCGAUUCCCGCGGAUGAGCAUGAAUAGCAUUACUUUGGAGCGAAUCCAAUCCGUUCUUAUCUUGUCGUAUGCUUCUUCUUGAAGGUGAGACGCCGUCCAGGGUCUCAAAUCCCAUUAAUACAAGGAAGAAGAAGCCCCAGCAUCACAGAGAAUCAGGGCUUUGAAAGGAUGUCAACCAUGGUGAUGCACGGCAAGCAGAUGCCUCAGCCUACCCCAGUUUCCGUUCUUGGGGAGGAUCGCCGUGGUACGUGGGUGAUUGGGACACCGGUGCCGCCCCAGGCUCAUCCGGCCAACCAGCAGGCAGCCACUUGGAUCGCUGUCGAAUACAUCCCCUCCAUAGCCGCAAACCACACUUACAUGAACAACUAUUCAGCGCCUUUACCUGAACUGGCCACCACCCACACUGCUCAUGGUCUGGCCAUGAGCACCAAUACAAACCCCUACGUGCAAGUGUCUCCCGUACCUGGAUCCUCCGGAAAGGGACAAUUUUCAGGCCCCAUGGAUAUGAUGCUCAAAGUGUUGAACCGCUGCGGGAAGAAAUUGGAGGUCACUGCCAGAAAAGCAGGGGAUACGGCUGGAAAUGUCUGGAAUCACCUUAGAACUGGGCCCAGCAUUACUGAUGCUGCGAUGUCUAGACUUGCCCAAGGGACAAAAGUUCUUGCAGAAGGUGGACGUGAUAAAGUUUUCCUGCAGACAUUCACUACGUUGCCAGGAGAACAACUCAAAAAGUCAUAUGCUUGUUAUCUAUCUACAUCUUCUGGUCCUGUGAUAGGGACACUCUAUAUAACCACAGCAAGAUUAGCCUUUUGUAGUGAUAAUCCUCUCUGCCAAAAUGUUGCCCCAGGGCAGCUCGAGUGGGUUUUUUAUAAGGUUGUGGUGCAAAUUGAUCAGCUGAAGGCUGCGAAUCCUUCUUCUAACAGCAGGAACCCAGCAGAGAAGUACAUUCAGAUUGUCACUGCAGACAACCAUGAGUUCUGGUUCAUGGGUUUUCUGUCCUACGACAAAGCCCUGAAGCAUCUGACUGAGGCUUUAAAGCAUUCUAGCUACUAUAAGUAAGUAUUAGGCCCAAUCCAUAUUGUUUAUGUUGGUGCAGCUGUUUGGAGAAAAGAAUAAAUAUUAAGAACUCAGGACACACUCUGCUGCAUCACUUUCGAUUGGUGCAGACAAUGAACAUCAUGAUGUAUGUAUGGCCCGUGGCUUUUAGGUUCGUUAAUUGUGGUGUUUAUCAGAUUGAUCUAUACAGUGAUUCUACCACUUGUUAUUGUAUGUUUUAGUGCCAAUCCUGUAAGAUGCUGUAAAUGUAUUGGCCAAUGCAUCCUUCUGUA